AUGUCGGGCGAAUCAGUAAAGGCUGUAUGUAACAUCAUUCAUGCCCAACCUUAUGUGGAGAGUUUAUGUAUGCAGGCGGACGUUACCCACGAAGAGAACCUCGACACUAUUGGUGUUCCUCUAGCAAGGAUGUCACAUAGGGACUGGAGGAAAGCGCAGUACCAAGAUCCUAUCUUACGACAAUGGACAAGAUGUUUACAGUCUGGCAACAAACCAAGGAGACAUGACUUCUGUGAUUCCAAUGCUCAUUCAGUUUUGCUCAAGAUCUCAAGUAAUCUCCAUCUUCAGCGGGGAAUUAUCUACAGAGAAGUAAUAAUCAACGGAGAAACUAGACAACAGUUGGUAUUACCGGCAGACUACAUUCAAGAUGCAUUAGAAGGUCUUCAUAACAGCGUGGGUCAUCCAGGAAGAGACAGAACCUUGGCACUCUUGAGAGACAGAGUCUUCUGGCCAGGUAUGUCUAAGGAUGUUGAUGACUGGAUUAAGAAUUGCAGAAGAUGCAUCUGUCGGAAGACUCCAACCAACCAGAGAGCUCCACUCAUUGGAAUUGAGACUACUCAGCCACUAGAGCUGGUGUCCAUGGAUUUCUUGGACCUUGAACUAUGCAAGGGAGGGAAGCACAAUGUGUUAGUUGUUACGGACCACUUCACUAGAUAUGCACAGGCAUAUGUUACCAACAACAUGACAGCCAAAGUCACCGCUAAAGCCUUCUUUGACAACUUCAUUGUUCAUUAUGGGAUUCCACAGCGGAUACACUCUGAUCAAGGUGCUAACUUUGAUGGGAAUCUCAUAAAGGAAUUGUGCUUACUUACAGGCAUGAAGAAGUCCAGAACCACACCAUAUCAUCCCAUGGGCAAUGGCAUGUGUGAGAGGUUCAAUCGCACUUUAUGUGACAUGUUGGGAACCUUAUCACCUGACCAGAAGAGUGAUUGGAAAUCACAUAUUGGGCCUCUUGUACAUGCCUAUAACUGCACAAGGCACGAGUCAACUGGACAGUCACCAUUCUUUUUAAUGUUUGGUAGAGAGCCACGUCUUCCUUUAGAUCUUGCUUUUGGGCUUGAACUUGGUUUGACACAGUCACUUGCAGAGUACACCCGAUUACUCAGAGAAAGAUUGAAGAAAUCUUAUGAACUGGCUGUGGCCUCAGCUAAAACAUCUCGAGAGAGGCAGAAGAAAGGCUACGACAUUAGAGUGAGAGGAGCCACACCACAGACUGGAGACCGCGUUCUAGUGAAAAUAUUGCCAUUUGAUGGUAAACACAAGCUCUCAGAUAAGUGGGAAGAAGAUCCUUACAUCAUUCUGCAACAGCCAAAUCAAGAUGUGCCCGUCUUUGUAGUGCAGAAAGAGAAUGGUGAAGGUCGACAGAGGACUUUACAUAGGAAUCUUCUCUUGCCCAUUGGUGCUCUUCAUGACCCUGGAGAGAUUGAAUCAUCACAAGAACCAGAGCCUAUAUCAUCCAGACCUGUACCAAGGCCAAGGCGGUCUAAGCCACAACCAAAGCCAGAGACACUCCCAGAUGAAGCAAUUGGUCAGGAAGACAUCAUUGUAGAGAUCCACACCCCAAAUAGAGAUGCUGCAGCUGCUGGUAUCCCCACAGAUACCAAUCAGGAAGUUCCUGCAGAUAUGGAUACUGCUACUCAGGCAAGUGGUGACGAUCAUGAGGCUGAGGCAGCAGUGGAGAACAUUUCUGGUGACGACGGUCACAUCCCAGGAGAGGGAGAAACAGAGGUGUAUCCUACUGAUGAUGAAGUGGAUGAAGAUGCUGGUGCUACUACUCCAGAUCUACACGAAGAUGAUGUCAUUCCUUCAGCUGAAGACGAAACUAAAGAUGAUGAUACAGUUCUGGAUCAAGUUCCUUCAGCUGAAGCAGAACAUGUUGACGAGAUGGAUGUCACAGGUGAUGCUGUUCCAGAUACAGACGGAGCUGAUGUUGUUCCACGAAGGUCAACACGUGAACGACACCCUCCAAGUUGGAUGCAUUCAGGGCAGUAUGCGCUUAGUCAGGCAGCAGUAGAGCCAGAUUGGAUGGUUAGGGUUCGUUAUCUGGAGCAUUUAACGAGCGCUGGAACAUUGGAACAGACUACACCGGACAUCACGAAAGCAUUUAUAUCUAUUUUAACACGCCAAAACUCAGAAUGA